AGGGUCUGAAGAUGGAUUACAGGAAGGCACAAGCUGAACUAUGAGCCACGUAGUAUCUUCAUGCAACGGGGAAGGUCUAAGUGUAUGGGCAUGGGAUGCGUGUCAGCCUCCUCUGUCCAUUGGAAAGAGCCAGUGGAUGUGAGCUUGGAGAUGCUAUUCAAGUGCAGCUGCUCGCCCUGAUGUGCCUGAUAGCAUAGGCACUUUUGGAUGCUCAGAAGCCACAGAAGCUAACCUGGAUACCUGGUUCUCACUAAGCUCAGUGCAGGUUACCCGGAUGCCCUGUCCUCUGCCUGCAUAGCUGGCCAGUUUCUCGCCUGAAAAUCUUUAGACUGGCAUCCAAGUUGCUGAUCAGACUGUUACUAUGUGGGCAAGCUGCUGUAAUUGGUUUUGUCUGGAUGGCUCCCCUGAAGAGAUGCAGCCCCAGCCAGAGCAGGGAGCCAGAGCCCAAGCCUAUUCCAACCCUGGAUACAGCUCCUACCCAUCUCCAACCACUUCGGAACAGAGCUGCAAAGCCUGUGGGGUGUGCUUCAACAGCUCCUCCAGGAAGCACGUCUGCUUGGACUGCAAGAAGAACUUCUGUACGUCCUGCUCCAGCCAGGCUGACGGUGGUCCCCUCCUCUGCCACCUCUGCCAGCGGUUCCAAGCCACAGCUUUUCAGCGGGAGGAGUUGAUGAAGAUGAAGGUGAAGGAUCUGCGAGACUAUUUGGCACUCCACGAGGUAUCCACAGAGUUGUGUCAUGAAAAGGAGGACCUGGUACUGCUGAUUCUUGGCCAGCAGCCGGUAAUUACCCAAGAAGAUCAGAUAAGAACAAAUCCAUUUCAUACUAGUGCCUCUGGACAGCAAGGCUUUGUGAUUCUCCCACCAACCGGCCCCGCAUCUUCUACCUCACAUGAUGCAUCUCCAGGGUCUGCAGAUCCCGUCUCAAGUUCACUAGCUCAGGAACAUGAACAGGCAAAUGGUUACGUGCCUCCAAGCCAAGUUGGUUUGACAGGAGUUGAGAUUGCAGCUGAAGCACAAGCAGAGGAGGAGACUCAGUCUACGGACUCCGAAGAUAACCUCGUGCAGGGGAGGAAGGCUUCUCUGUCUGAUCUGACAAGCAUUGGAGACAUCAACGCGCUCUCCGUGCGACAGCUGAAGGAAAUCCUUGCUCGCAACUUUGUCAACUACAAAGGCUGCUGUGAAAAGUGGGAGCUGCUGGAGAGGGUGACUCGUCUUUAUAAAGAGAAAGACCUUCAACAUCUAGUUUCUGACACUGAUGAUCAAACUGGUGGCGCUGGGCGCCUGGGCACGGAGGAAAACCUCUGCAAAAUCUGCAUGGAUGCCCCCAUUGACUGUAUCCUGCUGGAAUGUGGCCACAUGGUCACUUGCACCAAGUGCGGGAAGCAGAUGAGCGAGUGUCCCAUCUGCCGGCAGUAUGUGAUAAGGGCCGUCCAUGUCUUUAAGUCCUGAGUGUGUGGAAGGAAGACUGGGAAUGCCUUAAAGCCUCAUCUGCUGUGAGAGAAAUGGUCAAAAUAGCUACUAGUUAGGUCAGAGGUUAUCACAUGGACCCCACUGGAAGCUGGAGGUGAGGGAUGAAGCCUGAGAAAACUUGUUCUUACCCAAGCCAUGCCUGGCUGUGCUCUUCCCAUGAUAGUGCUUUACACCACAGUGCCUGGACUCCUUGGAGCUCAUUGCCAGCAGCAAACACACAAACUGUUCACCUACGUUCUAGGAUAACUUGAUCCGUUAGAGGUGGGGAUCCAGGGAUGUUUGGCUUCCCACCACAAAGCUGAGAUGCAGAGGCUUCAUAUUUUCCCCUGACUAGUAAAUACAAGCGCAGUGGGAUCUCAGAGGGUGACCUUUGUUUUGCUGCUUAGGCUCAACACCCAGCACCAACUUUUAUUUUCAAAGAUGAAAAUUUAUUGUACUUGUUAAUUCUUACCUUUAAUGUAAUGUUAAACUCCUAUGCUUGCAGGACAGGCAGCCAGCCUCCCCCCCCAUAGCACAAUAAACACGUCUAGCCUAG